AUGGCUAGCUUGAAGGAACUUGAGGAUAAACUCUUUGGUGAAAUUCCAAAUAUUACCGUAUCAUCAAUUUUGGAUACAUUAAAUGAUGAAAAGAAGAAGAAAAUUAACGAUUUUAGAGAGAGAAUUAAUACCAAAUGGAAUGAAAAUGAACUUUUGCACGAUCACGAUAAGAAGGAAAAUACAUUCGGUGCUGAAUAUUUCCUCUCUGACUUGACACUUUAUAGAUUCUUAUCGGGAUAUAAUUGGAAUGUUGAUGAAGCAGAACCUGUUUUAAAGGGAGCUUGUGAAUGGAGAAAGAAGUAUCAACCUUGGAAUAUUGAUAUUAGUGAUGUGAAGCAAUUUGCAUCACAAGGAAGUCUUUUCCAUAGUGGUUUUGAUAAGGUUGGACACCCAGUUAUCUAUGUCAGACUCGGAAAUGAUAAGAUGGACAAUGAAAAGGAAGAAAGCAAACAAAUGAAAUUCAGAUUCUUUGUUUGGUUGUAUGAACUUUGCAGUAGAAGAAUGCCACAAAAUGUUUAUCAAACUACUUGGAUUGUUGAUCUUACUGAUUCAUCAUUGAGUGCUAAUAUGAUCAAAUCAACCAAGGAUAUGUUUAUUGAACUUGGUACUUAUUAUGUUGAAAGAUUGGCUGCUAUUGUUGUUAUUAACACUCCAUGGUCUCUCAAGUUUUUGUGGGGUAUUGUUAAAAUGUUCUUAACUCAACAAACAAUUGACAAGUACAAUAUUCAAGGUACAUUGAAAGAAAAGGAUCUUAAUGCUUUGUUAACUCCAAAGAUUGAUAAUUCUGUUCUCAUUUCUGACUAUUCAGGAGCUUACAAAUAUACUUUUGAUUUUGAAGCACUUUCUCAAUAUGAUAAAUUGAGAUUAAACAAAUAA